UCCAAUCCAGACCGAGACUCUGGGAGUUACACUGAAGAUGAAGUUUUCCUUUGUCUUAAUUCUUCUAUUAGGUGUCCCUCAUCUUCGAGGGCAGCAGAGGAUCGAGGAGUCCGGCCACAUUUUGCUGAGGCUCCCCUUUCCUUCGUUUUACAACAGCUAUAUCAAGUCUUGCUGUAAACUGUAUCCCAGAGGCUGCUACAGCCUGUUAGACAGUAUAGGAAAUACCUGUGAGCUACUGAGAGGAAGAGUUACAGUGACAGAGAGAGACGGCUGCACCGAAUUCAAAAUAUCAAACGUGCAGUUUGCAGAUGCGGGCUAUUACAGAUGUGGAGUGCCGGGAGCCCACAUAUACGCUGACUACUAUGUUGAGGUGCUGGAAGCUUCAUAUCAUCACAGCCACUUUCAACCUGCAGUGACCACAGUAACUACCAAAGCCCCCAAAACCUCCACAACAGUCCCAGACCCUACAGGUCCUGCUGUGGCACAGGACUACGGUGACAGUAUCAGGGUUCCCUGGGGUUUCAGUGUGCCACUAGCUGUCAUUUUGUCUGUCACGCUAAUGAUAGUCAUCACUUCAGUGAUUGGUGUUGUUUGUUGCAGAGUUAAGGCAAAACGGCUGGCAGGCAAAAAUGGAGAAACUUCGUGUGAGUCACUGAAACCAGACGCCCCGGAAACAAAUGGCAUAGUUUACACAACAGUGGACUUCAGAGCUCACCGGAAACCCGAAGGAGUUUACGAAAACCUGAAGACGUACGCAAAGCGAGCAGGAGCCACUGAUGAGGACCAUGCUGGGAUGGUGGAGUACUCCAUGGUGGCAAUCAACCAGUAAACUGAAGGUUUAGGUUAGAAUGUUAAGCACACGUAACGUCUAGGUCCACUGUGAUUUUAAAGGUCAGUUUACUGUACAUAGUUUGAAAGAUGUUUUGCUGCAACGUGCAGAUGUUCACAUGAUUGGGAAUGUGGGAGAGAUCAUUAUUGGAGCUUGACCCACGCAACAGCAGUCUGCAGGAUGUCUUGGCUUCCACUGUCUUGAUUUAAAUUUGCCUGUUUUGAUUCCCUCUGUGCCUGAAAUGCUGAAAUGCUGAAAUUAUAACAGCAUCAAUGAAAUUAAUGGAGAUUAAUGGUGAAAUUAAGGCAAUGAAUGUGAGUUUUCUCUCA